UUAUUUUGAACGAAUCGUUCACUCACGAGCCAACACUACCCUGGUGGCAGUCGGCAUUCUACUCGAGUCACAAGCGAUGGAGUAAACCACGCCAAAAAGAAGCAUGGAGCCCACGGGAGAAAAAACGAGUGGGGAAGUUGACAUCUAUCGCGACACAUGGGUCCGCUUCCUUGGGUACGCCAACGAGGUGGGGGAGGCCUUCCGUCCGCUGGUUCCAGUGAGCUUGGUUCGGGCCAGCUACGUCGUGGCCACUGCUUACGUUUCGGCUGAUGCCGUUGACAAAGGGAAGAAAGCAGCGGCGGCGCACGGGGAUGAGCCGGGCCAGAAGACGCGGGUGGCGACAGCGGUAAUGGACACGUUUGUGUGGCAGGCCCUGGCCUCCAUCGUCAUCCCGGGCUUCACCAUUAACCGCGUGUGCGCCGCCACGCUAUACCUGCUGGGCCGCACUACCAAAUUGCCUCUGCCCGUGCGCAAGUGGACAACCACGGCCGUCGGCCUCUCAAUCAUCCCUUUCAUUAUCAGCCCCAUCGAUAGGUCUGUGGACCACCUGCUGGAUUCGAGCCUCCGUAAGGUCUACGGCCACAACGAGAAGGAGGAAUAAGGAGCGACGAGGCACUUAAAGAGAGCUGUAAAAAAGGGAUUUUUAUAGUAAAUCUUGACAUUGUACUGUAUAUAACACUAUGGAGGUGUGUUGCUGUAAAAUUGUGACCGUCAAGGUCUUUGAAUGUGAUACGGCAGGGAAGCACUUUGCUGUAAGCGUUCAUAAUGCGGGGUACACACAGACUAUUGUUUUUUGUUUUUUUUGGGUGUUUUGUCGUAAGCCAUAUAUUGUUCUGCUUUGACCUACCGUAGUCUGCCACAAUAGUUCACUACCUUGUUCCUCCCAAAUUAUAUUCUUCGGUACUUUACACCUUUUACUCUGCACUUUGGUUUUUAUCAAGCUGUUAGUUAUGGGAGCUUUGCACUGGGAAUGCAAUUUACUCCACUUUUUGCGAGAUGGUACUGUAAAAGUGUGGACUUCACACGUAUUCAUCGCUGCUACAUCAUAUGUUGGCAUCUCCAAGCACAUGGUUACUGUUUGCGGUACUUUUGUUGAAUGGCGGGACUACUGCUGCGCAAAUUACGAGCUAUGCAAGGGAAUAGCGGCAACAGGGAAAUGUACAUAGAAUAUUGGGAGUGUUUGAAUUUUUGGGUACUGUUUGCCAUGGUAGUAGCAAUAACUGUCAAUGCUGUUUUACAUUUAUUGUAAUGUUUUGGUGGUGGGGUUGAAAAGUACUAAGGAAAGGGAGACUACAACUAAUAAUACUCUAUAUUCAUAUUCAAUGUUAACAUUUCAGAGUUUACUUGUGUUAGCUGUGUGGUUGCAUGCCACUGAUGUAAAGAAAUACUGUACAGGUAUUUUUUUGGUAUUGUUGAGUGUUGGAGAUGGGGUACAUCUUGGAAUAUUUUCAUAUAACUUAACAUUUUAGACCCACUUGUCAAAGUGAAUGUUCCCCUAUUGUUUGCAAAACUGGAGGAAAAAAAUGCUGUCUGACUUGUGAAAUAAGUAUAAAAAAUAAAUAAUACAAUGAU